AUGGCUGCAUCCUACUCGGUGCCUUCGAUGAUAAUGGAAGAAGAAGGAAGGUUCGAAGCGGAGGUUGCGGAGGUGCAGGCAUGGUGGGGGUCCGAGAGGUUCAGGCUAACAAAACGACCAUACUCGGCCAAAGACGUUGUGGCACUAAGAGGAAGCCUCAGGCAGAGCUAUGGCUCAAACGAAAUGGCCAAAAAGCUCUGGAGAACUCUUAAGACUCACCAAGCCAACGGCACAUCCUCAAGAACCUUCGGUGCUCUGGACCCGGUCCAAGUCACCAUGAUGGCCAAGCACUUGGACACAAUCUAUGUCUCCGGUUGGCAAUGCUCGUCAACACACACCAGCACCAACGAACCGGGUCCUGACCUAGCCGACUACCCCUACGACACUGUCCCAAACAAGGUGGAGCACUUGUUCUUUGCUCAACAAUACCAUGACCGCAAGCAAAAGGAAGCGAGGAUGAGCAUGAGCAGGGAAGAGAGGGCUAGAACUCCUUAUGUUGAUUACUUGAAGCCUAUCAUUGCUGAUGGGGACACCGGUUUUGGUGGAACCACGGCAACCGUGAAGCUCUGCAAGCUCUUUGUGGAGCGUGGUGCAGCUGGUGUUCACAUUGAGGACCAGUCCUCCGUGACCAAAAAAUGUGGACACAUGGCUGGGAAAGUGCUUGUUGCGGUGAGUGAACACAUUAACAGGCUCGUCGCGGCGAGGCUGCAGUUCGAUGUGAUGGGAACCGAGACGGUUUUGGUGGCCAGAACUGAUGCCGUUGGAGCUAAUUUGAUCCAGACCAAUGUGGACACCAGGGAUCAUCAGUUCAUUUUAGGGGCAACGAAUCCUAACCUAAAGGGGAGAAAUUUGGCUACUCUUUUGGCUGAGGCGAUGGCUGCUGGGAAAACAGGAGCUGAGCUUCAAGCACUUGAGGAUGGCUGGACUUCAAUGGCACAGCUGAAGACAUUUAAUGAGUGCGUGACGGAUGCGAUCAAUGCAAUGAACGUUGGUGAACAUGAGAAGAGGAGGAGAUUGAGCGAAUGGGCGAACCAUGCUAGUCAUGAAAAGUGUUUGUCCAACGAGCAAGGCCGCCAGAUUGCUGAGAGGUUGGGGCUUAACAACUUGUUCUGGGACUGGGACUUGCCUAGAACCAGAGAAGGGUUUUACAGGUUCAAAGGGUCCGUGGAGGCUGCAAUUGUCCGAGGCUGGGCUUUUGCCGAUCAUGCUGAUAUUAUCUGGAUGGAGACGGCCAGCCCCGAUAUGGUUGAGUGCACGAAAUUCGCUCAGGGGGUAAAGAACAUGAAACCAGAGCAGAUGCUGGCCUAUAACCUCUCGCCCUCUUUCAAUUGGGAUGCUUCUGGAAUGACUGAUCAACAAAUGAUGGACUUCAUUCCAAGGAUAGCCAAGUUGGGAUACUGCUGGCAGUUCAUAACACUGGCUGGUUUCCAUGCUGAUGCACUCGUGAUUGAUACUUUCGCGAGGGACUACGCGAAGAGGGGAAUGCUGGCUUAUGUGGAGAGGAUCCAGAGGGAGGAGAGGAACAAUGGAGUCGACACGCUUGCACAUCAGAAAUGGUCCGGUGCUAAUUUCUAUGAUAGGUACCUCAAGACUGUCCAGGGAGGCAUUUCUUCAACUGCAGCUAUGGGAAAAGGAGUCACUGAAGAGCAAUUCAAGGAAUCAUGGACUAGGCCAGGAGCUACUGAUCUGAGUGAGGGCAAUGUUGUGAUGGCAAAGGCUAGGAUGUAA